GGUGUUAAACGUCAUCGUCAUUUAAAAUUUCAAAACAGCUGCUCUACGGUGUGCGCCUAGUUCGGCAGAAACAUUGAAACACCACAACAGGAUAAAAUGGAAGCUUUAGGAGAAAGACUUAACCUGAUGGUGAAAACCUUCAGGAGGGAACGCCACAGAGUUUCACAGUCUGAAAGGACCACGGUUCAUGGAGCUGACAGCAUGCUGAUGGUUCUUCAGCUGGCCAUGGCCGACGUUAACAAAAAGCGCGGCGGAGAGUUCCAAGUGUCUCUGAGUGAUGUCCUGAUGGCCUGGAAGCACUUAUUGGUCGAGAAGCUUCAACUGCCGCCCCCCAGCUCUGCACGCUUGGAGAACCACGAUGUCAUCCUGGAGGCGUACAACUCCUUCCUGAAGAGCUCAAACACUGUGGACCUGGUCGAUGUCCUCGCUACGUGCCAACAGCUGAAAGUUCUGGACCCAGAGGAGCUGGUGAGCCCGAUCCAGCUGUGUGGGUUCCUCUCAGGAAACCCGGAGCUCCCAGAGUUCCCAUCAACACCAUCCAGUAAAAGCAGGCCCUGCAGCUCCCAGGUGAAAAUGGCGGUGAGACGGGUUUUCUGCUCCUACCUGAGUUUGCUUAUCAACUCCAAGAAUGACCUAGCCUUGGCGCUCACCCUCAACGUCCCCAACCGCAAUCUUGGACAACAAGCGUUCACAGACAUCAGGCACGCUGCACGGGACAACGGCACUUCCCUUUUCCUGGCUCUGACAUCCUUCAUCCGGGCCAUCCAGCUCGGAGGAAAAGGCUACGCUCCAGCGGAGUCCAACCCGCUGAGGAGGCACGUCAAAGGCCUGUUGGAGUACAUCCAGUUCAUGGACAGCUUAGAAGAAAUCCUGGGCGAGAUUCCUGAUCCCAGCGCAUGCGGAGCCAGGCUGGUGAUGGCCAUCAGGGGCGCUUUGGUUAAAGGACGCGGCAGUGGGGAACCGGUGUACGCUGCCGCAGAGGAAACCUCGAAGGAGCUGACGGAAAGGAUUUUCCAGCUACAUCAGAUCCAGAAACGGCCCGCUGACGAAAACGGGACGGGGAUAAGCCCUGCCAGGCCAAAAGCAUAUGCGGUCAAUCACGCCACCGCAUACGGAGGGCGAGACACGGUGAAGGUGCUGAUGGCGCUGCUGGACGAAGAAGCUCUCACUCCACCGUGUCGGAACAAGGCGGACCUGCUGUGUGAAGACCAGCCGGUCCUUAGCGGGUCAGAGGGAACAUGCAUCCUCCUGCUGUUCAGAUCCCCUCAAGUGUCUACUGGAGGUUCUCCAGAACCAUUGAGGAACAGAGUCCAGAAUCGACUAAACCUGCUCAAACCCAAGGCCAGAGACCGGGUUGUCCGAUCCCAGUUUGCGUGCACGUACAAGGAGGAGGAGCUUCCACUUAGCCGAGUGUUGGAUUUUCCCAGCCUCAGUCAGGUCUCUACCUGUGUGCACCCAACGCCAAAGACCAAAACAGCCCAUGAUGAUCGUUUUAGCUCAAAUCUGAAGGAUGGAGCCACAGUCGAGUCUUCGUCUACCAGUCUGAUACAGGAGCCAAAUACGGGACAGCGGGCGUCCGCCAGCCUUAAGCAAAGGACUGGAGCUGCUCAAAACGAGGGUACGGCUCCGUGUGGUGGUAAAAAAACUGGCGUACAGAUGCAAAGGAAGAGUAACAAGAGGAAGCAGUUGGAUCACGGCCAAGACAACGGAUCAGAAAACGAGCCUCCAGAGAAGAAUCGGCACAUUCAAGUGUCUGCUAAAGGACCAGGAAGAAAUGUCAGCAAGGCAUCCAAGAAAACCAAACUGCUUGCUGGUCAGGGGAAGCUAACCAGCUUCUUCAGAGUUUAAAUUCUAAUAAUUUUUUUAGCAUUAGCCUUUAGAUAGACUCUUUUUUUUUUAUUAUUAUUAAAUUUUUGUUCCUUUUUGUUUGAUAAUGCUUCAUAGGUUCUAAAUGUGAAAGAAACCAAAUGAUUAACCAGUCUCUACCAUUCGCCAACAAUCAACCCGAGAAUUUUUGGCACAGAAAGAAAUCAUUUUUUACUACUUGGUGAACUUUAAUUUGUUGAAAUUGACAAAAUCCUUGUAGUUACUUAAAAUCUUAUUCCAGAUAAAGGUUGUAAUCACUUAACCCAUCUUACUCUUGAUCACUACAUCCCAUGAUGCAACUGAAAAUCAUUUUCCAUUAAAUAAACUUUAUCUCAACGAAGUUGAGUUAAAGUAAGUUAAAAUAAGUUGAAACAAAUUUGAACCUUAAGUUAGUUGAAAUGUCUGCAACCUACAUUGUGGACAUCAGGAGGAAUUCUUUAACGCCAAAAUAACCAAAAUGACUUGGGAGAGUGUUAAAUAUUACUCUUAUUUACCUGUCCUAUGAUCAGAGUAAGGAUAAAGUUAUGGAGCAGUUUCCUACAGACUUACCGUGAAAUCAACUCCAGCUGCUUCUAGAGGGAAUUCUCAACAGCUGCUGCCUCCAGUUAUGUAAUUCAAAGUGUGCAUGCUAUAGUUGACAGCUGCAAGGAUGUUGUAGCUCUCUUGGAUCCUUCACGGGGGUAUUUCACUGGACGUUGACGGUGACCCCCAGUUUUGUAGUGAUUUGAUCUACCUUUUUUUAUUAAUUUCAGAUGACUAUUUUCUUUGUUCAGUCCGGAUUUUUGAAGGUGAGCUACUUUUUUAAUAUUCAGGUGUAUGUAUUAAAAAAACAAUUUUUUUUCAGUUGAUGUGAGACUAUUUCAUCUUAAAAUAUUUAUUUUUAUUGAAAAACUUUUUUAUUUUUUGUAGUGAAUGUGUUUUUAUGACUUGAAUUUGGCAUCCACUCGUAGCACAGAUGAGUUUCUUGCAACAGGGAGUCAUUAAAAUGUCACAUGGUGGUUCUUCAUUGCACUUUAUUUUUUUCUAAUUUAAAUUCAACUUUUGCCUAAUAAAUUUGUUGAAA